UCGAAUGUAGGAAGCUGUACGAAGAGGUCAGCACACAAGCGUUACCGAGGAUGAGUGGGGUAAGCAAGAAAUCAGCGGCGGGUCCUUCUGGCAUCAAGGAGUGGAUCUCCUCCGCAUGUCGCUUUGCCACAGACAGGAAUGACUUCAGAAGGAACCUGCUGGUGAAUUUAGGUCUGUUUGCAGCGGGAGUUUGGGUGGCAAGGAAUUUGUCUGACUUCGAUUUGAUGUCGCCUCAACCAGUCGCUUAGCUGCAACUUCCGGCAGCAUUCUGAGAGAGCUCCAUCUGAAUGAGUGUGAAGGAAGACUGGAUGUCCCACUGCUGUGUUCUAAGCCAUUGGACCAAAAUUGUAAAGGUCAUGUGCUCUGUGAAAAUGUAAAACCCCAAUAAAUUAUACUUCCCACAA